AUGUCCGGAAGACGUCGUCGUGCGAACAUAGGUCGUAGUACAGUGAAUGCCAGAAGAGCACGUUCAGCAAGAGAUGAAGAAUCGUCAACGGAACGCGAGGCUCGCCUCAGCCAGCUCCGAGAAAGAAAUAGAACUGCGAGAGAAAGAGAAUCCUCAAUGGAGCGUGAGGCUCGCCGCAGCCAGGAUCGGGUUAGACGUAGAGUUCAGAGAGCCAGAGAAUCCUCUGUAGAUCAUGAGGCUCGCCUCAGCCAGAAUAGAAAUCGAAUACAGAGAACGAGAGAAUCAGCACAGACACAUAGUAACGCUGAACAAAACGGACAACCGAUCAGCCACAGAUGGGUAAAUAAAGAAUAUUCUGCCAUGAAUUACGAUCCUUUGAUUUGUUACAAGGAUGAUCGUAUUGUGUCCAUAGGUACUAUGUCAGUAGUGUGUGAAUAUUGUUUGGCAUUGAAGUUCAAGGACGAAUCGAAAGGUUUGUGUUGCUUACAAGGAAAAGUAAAAUUAGAAGAAAUUCUUCCUCCACCUGAACCACUUCACUCUCUGCUUACGGGUGAUCAUCCGAAAUCCAAACAAUUCAUACGCAAUAUCCGCCGUUACAAUAACGCAUUUCAAAUGACGUCUUUCAAAAGUAAGCAAGUUGUUGAGCGCGGUUUUAUGCCUACAUUUAAAAUUCAAGGGCAAGUGUAUCACUUGGCUGGGAGCUUGCUACCACUUCGACCAGAUGAUCACAAAUUUCUGCAAAUUUAUUUUAUUGCAGACCCAGAUACACAAGCAUCAACGCGGUGUUCGAUUGUCGCACAGCCAAUAGAUAUAGAUUUGAUCAGAUCUCUUCAAGAUAUGUUACAUUCUCAUAACAGCUACAUUCAGUCUUUUAAAACUGCUAUUGAGAGUGUUCCAGUAGAUACUCCAGACUACAAUGUCGUAAUCCAUGCAAAUAAAGUUCCUGUUGGAGAACACAGAGGGCGAUAUAAUGCGCCGUCCACGAGUGAAGUAGCAGUGGUAAUAGCUGGACAGCAAUUCGACAAAAGAGAUAUUGUGUUGCGCAGUCGUGAUGAUAAUUUGCAAAAAAUAUCAGAGUUACACAGAUCUUAUGACAGCUUACAAUAUCCUUUGAUGCUAUGUCGCGGAGAAGAUGGUUAUACCAUUAAUGUUCCUCAAGUUGACCCAACCAGUAGUGCACCUCUGCGUAAGACAGUGUCGUGUAUGAACUACUAUUGCUACCGUAUAAUGACAAGACAAAACAAUUUCAACUCUUUGCUUAGAUAUGGAAUGUUGACAAACCAAUACUUUGUCGAUCAAUAUGCGAAAAUUGAAUCUGAGAGAUUGGCUUACAUUCGUAACAAUCAAACUAAAUUGAGAGCAGAAAAUUACGUUCACCUUCAGGAUGCUUUACAGGCGAAUGAACACAGCAACAACAUUGGACAGUUGGUUAUACUACCUUCAUCAUUCACAGGUGGACCUCGAUAUUUACAUGAAAAAUCACAGGACGCAAUGACUUAUGUCAGACAUUACGGUAAACCUGAUUUAUUCAUUACUGCAACAUGUAACCCAAAUUGGCCAGAAAUCAAAGAAAAUAUUAAUACCAAUUUAACUCCACAAGACAGAUAUGAUAUAGUUAAUAGAGUCUUCCAUUUAAAAGUACAGAAACUCCUACACCUCAUUAACAAGUCUCAUAUAUUCGGUCCGCCGCGCUGUCAUAUGUACACUAUAGAGUGGCAGAAACGUGGUUUGCCACAUGUACAUCUGCUGGUGUGGUUAGUGAACAAAAUUAGACCAAAUCAAAUCGACAGCGUAAUUUCAGCUGAAUUACCGGUUAAGGAAGAUGAUCCCGUCCUGUUUGAAAUAGUAAAAAAACACAGGGUACACGGUCCCUGCGGGACUUUAAAUCGUAAUUCUGCAUGUAUGCGAGAUUCCAAAUGCAGCAAAAAAUUUCCGAAGCCGUUUCAAAUACAAACAUCUACUAGCGAUGACGGAUAUCCCAAAUAUCGACGACGAUCGCCAGAUCAGGGUGGGCAAAGUGCCACAGUCGGAAACUACGAUAUUGAUAACCGAUGGAUCGUUCCACAUAAUCCGCUCCUUUUAAAAAUUUUUGAUGCCCACAUCAACGUCGAGUUGUGCAGUUCAAUAAAGUCGAUCCAAUAUGUUACUAAAUACAUUAAUAAAGGUAGCGAUCAAGCUACUUUCAGCAUACAAUCACCAAAUGAAGUGGAAACAUAUCAGUCUGGACGUUACAUAUGCAGUUCUGAAGCAGUAUGGAGGAUGUUAUCAUUCGAAGUUCACGACCGAGCUCCCACUAUUGUCCACCUUGCAGUUCAUUUAGAAAAUGGACAAAGAGUAUAUUUCACUGAGAACAAUAUACAAGAAGUUGUCUAUAACCCGCGGGACACUACAUUAACAGCAUUCUUCAAGUUAUGCGCUCAAGAUGAUUUCGCGAAAACACUGACAUAUGACAGAGUUCCAACUUACUAUACAUGGAACCAGAGUUCUAAAACAUUCCAACGACGAAAACAAGGAACUGCGGUCGAUGGUUUCCCCGGAAUAAAAAAAAACUGA